GCCAACGGGAGCCGGGCUUGCGUUCUCCUGGAUACGGUGUCAACAGCAGCGGCAGCGCGGGCUCGGCUGCCGGGGGGCCGCGGAGUAACCGCUGCGGACCCGAGCCGGGAUCCGGUGUUCGCUGCCCGUGGUCGGGCUGAGAGACACCCGGCCGAUGGCGCAAGGCCGGGAGCGAGAUGAGUCCGUCUACGCAACCAGCCGCUCAGCCCUGUCCGUGAGAUGGGUGCAAGGAUUCCCUAAGCAGAAUGUUCAUUUUGUCAACGACAGCACCAUUUGCUAUCCUUGUGGGAAUUUCAUAAUAUUUAUUAAUAUUGAAACCAAGAAAAAGACUGUCCUUCAGUGUAUGAAUGGAGUUGUGGGUGUCGUGGCAACUAAUCCUCCUUAUGAAGUUGUGGCUUUUUCUGACCGGAAGCUAAGACCUAUCAUCUAUAUAUACAACUUCCCUGGUUUGACCAGAAGGACCAAAUUAAAAGGCAAUGUUCUUCUGGACUACACUUUGCUUUCAUUCAGUUACUGUGGCACCUACCUGGCUAGUUACUCCUCUCUUCCAGAAUUUGAACUGGCCCUCUGGAACUGGGAAUCAAGUGUUAUUUUGUGCAAGAAGUCACAACCUGGUAUAGAUAUCAGCCAGAUGACUUUUAACCCCAUGAACUGGCACCAGCUAUGCUUGUCAAGUCCAAGUACAGUUACUGUGUGGACCAUUGAAAGAAGCAACCAGGAUCAUUAUCUCAAAUCCAAGUUGGUAAAACUACCUAUGGAAGACGGGACAUUUUUUAAUGAAACAGAUAUAAUUUUCCCCCAGUCAUUGCCCAAGGAUCUUAUCUAUGGACCUGUGCUCCCACUGUCAGCCAUGGCCGGGCUAGUAGGGGAAGAAGCAGAAACCUUCAGGCCUAAAGAUGAUGUAUAUCCGUUGCUCCACCCGACUAUGCAUUGCUGGACUCCAACAAGUGACCUUUACAUUGGCUGUGAAGAGGGUCACCUUCUAAUGACUAAUGGAGAUACCUUGAAGGUGACAAUGCUUAGUAAAACAGAAGAUGGACCACCAAUGGAUGGAAGAAAUCUCAUCAGUCCAGUCACCAUGGCAUAUCAGAAGGGAGGUGUGCUUGCUUCUGGAAUUGAUGGCUUUGUUUAUUCUGUUAUUAUUAAAGAUUCAAGUUACAAAGUAGAGGAUUUUCUUGAGGUUGAAGGGCCUGUGGAACAUAUGAUAUUUUCUCCCAGUUACAAAAUGUUGCUGAUUCAGACAGACAAGGGAUCUGUUUAUAUUUACACUUUUGGUGAGGAGCCAACAUUUGAAAGAGUCCUAGAAUCUUGUGAUGGGAAAUUUCAGGCAAUUGAUUUGAUCACACCUGGUAAUGAAUACUGCAUGACGCUCACACAUUCAGGAGAAAUUUGUGUUUGGUGUAUAGAAGAUGGUGCUUGUGUUAGCAGGAUUUAUCUGAAUACCCCAGCAACAGUUCUGGCUUGUUCUCCCUCCUCCCUCUCUGCAGCCGUGGGGACUGUGGAUGGCUCUGUCCAUUUCCUCGAUGUCCGAGAUGCUGAGUCCCCGCAGGCAGUUCACAAAGCCUUUCUCUCCGAAAUGUCCGUGCAGCACCUCCUUUAUGACCAGCGAGGAAUGUAUCUAUUAGUUGGAACACUGGAAGGAUACAUCUUUGUUAUCAAUGCCAACCCCUCAAGCUUAUUUCAGAUUCUUGGAUUCAUAGAGGUGAACAAAGGCAUUUUACAAAUAUCCACGGUGUCUCUUUUGGAAACAGACAUAGUAGAAGUGAUGGUUCUUUCCCCACUUCCAGAAACAGGAAGAAGCAGGCUGGAAAUAUUUACUCUGCCUAAAAUACUACCACAAGUUUCUGCAAACUUUUCUGAUGAAAGAGGAAGGCUGAAUGAUGAAUUCAUUCAUAAGAUCCUGUAUGAGAUAGAGCAUACUCUGUCCUCUGCGGUGUUGGACUUUAAAAGUAACCAAAUAUAUGGCUUCUGUAAUCAAGUGCCAUACAUCUGCAGCUAUCUUCUUCCUGAAAAAGCACAUAGUGGUAUUUGCAUUCUUAAGCUGUACAAAAAAGUGCAGAGUGGACAUUAUGGACCUGGAAUGCUCUCUUUGUCUCCACAUGGAUUGUGGCUCAUAACAACAGCUAAAUGUGGCAUUCUGUGUAUCCGAGAUGUUCAUACUUUGGAAACAUUUGCUCAGUGUCGGAGCCAUUCUCACCAGGCACACGGGAUUCAAUCAGUGAGAAUUUCAAUGGAUGGACAAAACAUUCUGGUGAAUGGGAAAGGUGAUGGCACCCUUGUUUACCUAAGAUGGAGGCAGUUUGGAGGAAACUUAGCCAAUGAAAUUCCUGAAUAUUGCCAACAACUUUUAACUUAUUUAAACAACGCCAUGGAUGAGGAGAAUAAUUAUUUAAAUAUAACCCGAGGAGAUGGCUUGGAUUUGGGAUCAAAAUCUGAACACACAAUAAAUAAGAAUAUGAGGUCAAGCAUUGACUCAUCGCAAGAAGAAUUAGUUCAAGUUGAUAAUACAAAGAAAAUUCCAUGGAUACAACAAAAAAGCCAAGAGGCCUUCAAAAAGGAGGUCAAACUGUUUUCUGAGAAAAGGAAAGAGAUUAAAAAAGGAAUCAAAGCCCUUGCUAAAACUGUUCUGAAUAUGAUUGAAGAAAAUGAAACAGUACAUCAUACUGCAAAACUAGAGCAACAGGAAUUUGGCCUGGAUCUUGAAGAACUAGAAAGGCUCCACGAUGAAAGUGAGGAAGAAGUGGCAAAGAUAAGAAAGGAUAUAGAGAUGCAUAACCUAGCCAAGAGACAUUUAGCUCAACUUAUUAAAGAAGAAUGCUGGAAUUCAAUGGCUGUGAAGGGUAGAGCUCUUAAGUGCUUUCACAUCCCCUGUGUGGUUGAGAACUUCCCAAUGAAAGAACGCACAGGUGAAGAGUUGAAAGAAUUGAAGAGAGUUUUGCAGCAAAAGAAGAUUGAAACAGAGUGUCGUAAACUACAGAAGGAAAUUGUAGAGGUUCAGUCCACUAUUACCUUGGUUAAAAAGCAUCAUGAAGAAGAGGAAGAAGAGGAAGAGGAAGAGGAAGAUGUGGUAGUAAAAGAUGCCGACUUGCCUAAGUACCUGCUUGGUAGUCUGAGUACUGAUUUUGGGAUACAUGCCUCUUUGUUGUCAAGUCAGUUGGAACUUCAUGCCAGAGAGGAGAAAAUCCACCAAAUUAUAUUACUGAAAGAUAUCAUUUACAAGGUGAAAACUGUUUUUAAUAAUGAGUUUGAUGCUGCAUAUAAACAAAAAGAGUUUGAAAUUGCACAUGUGAAGGAAAGAAAUAGAAGAAUUCAAGAAAUUAUUUUAUAUCUGGACUUGAACGAAUCAGUCUGGCUACCAGAAUUUGAUGACUGUGAAAAGCCAGAGAGAACCCUUGUUGUGGAAGACAGUGAGAUUACAGCUCACAAACACGUUAAUCCAUGGCAAAAAGCCAGAGAAGAAUUGAUUGAGACGCAUAAAAUAGAGCAAUGGCUUUUGACACAGAUCUCUGAAACGAGACGUAGAGCCCUGAUGGACAUGAUGGGAGGAGUUCUAGAAGUCAAGAGGGAAGACAUUUUGAAAAUGGCAAUUCCUCAACCUGCUUUCAUGGCCAAACCCAAUACUUUAUGGUCUGAAGAGGAAAGGAAACAAUUCAAAGAUUAUGAGAAAAAAGUCAAGGAGUUAAAUGAAGAAAGAGAUAAGUAUAGAAAGUCAUUAGAAGCAGAAAUGAAGAAACUUCAAAACUCUAUUCACGAAAGUACACAGAAUUUUGAUGAACACUUAAAAAGACUCUUUGAAAGGAGAGUGAAGGCUGAGAUGGUUGUCAACCAGGAGGAACUGAAAAUAAAUAACCUUGUUUAUUCUUUACUGUUGGAUGAAGAAAUAAGCUCCAGAGAAGCAUUCCUAAACAACUACCUUGUGAGAAAGCAGGAGGAGAAAAGCCGGACUUCAGAGGCUAUCCGGAAGUCUAGAGAAGACCUCGAUGUAUACAAGGAACACUAUGACAACUUACUGGCAGAAGACAAAGUUCUGGAUCGCAGCUUUAAGAAGGAAUUUUCUGAAAUUCCGAGUCAUCAAGUGGAUAUACUCUACAAACUAUUUAAGCGGCGACCAAGGAUUCACAAACAGAAAGUGCACUCAGAUACGGCCAGUAUUAUUCCUUUUGGAGAGCGACCAGGAUCUGGGAAAUUGAAUAAGGAUGCCUUUGCCCAGUUAAUGAAAACCAUGGAUGACUUGGACAAUAUUAAUAACAUGCCAGAAGGCUUGGACCCCUUGGUCUGGGAUCGUUUCUGCACAACCAGACGAGCAAAAGUGGAAAAUGAACAGAAAGUAAAGCAGAAAGCAGCCGGCUUAAUGGAAAUGUCAGCUUUCCUCCAGAGGAGAGUUGAGGAUGAUGAGAAGGUGCAACAGGAAAUUGAAAAAGUGUUUCAUGAACUCAUCCUGUUACAGGAAGAGAAAGGGAAAUUCCAGCUGAAUUUGACAAUCCAAAUUCUCCUUAAACAAGGACAAGUAGAACUGGAGAACUUCCAGUUAUUGCUAGAGUAUUCUGAUGCAAUUCUCAUCAACAGGAACAUAAUUGAAGACUUGAAUUCUGUGAUUCGGACUCAAGGACAAAAGAAAGUUGCUAGCAUGAUGGAAAGUAAAGACGUCCACAAAGGAAUAUUUCAGAUUGAGUGGGAACAUAAGAAAAUGGAAAUGGAAAUGGAAGAUUUAAAUCAGAAGGCUUGGGAUAUUCAGAUGCUCUUUUUUUCAAGAGAUCGUCAAAAGUACUUAAAUGAACAAAAUUAUGAGAAGUCAGUUGCCCUUCAGAUUGGAAUAAUGGAGCAAACCAUUGAUGUUUUAGAUAAGACCCACAAAAAGAAUGUGGAGAACUGCAAAAAACUACUAAAAAAACUGGGAAAGUCCAGCAAUCAAAAAGAUGUAGCAAAUUAUUCUCUAAGCUGCAAUUUACGAGAAGAGUUGGUGGCUGUCUCAGAAAGAAAAGACAUCUGUAAUGCAAUGGGGUCUAAACUGACUUGUGAAAAGAUUGCCAAAGAACGAUAUGAAAACAUGAUGCAACAAAGAAAGUUAAUAAAUAUUUCAAAAGAACAAGCUGAACAGAUUUCAAUACUGCAGGCUGAAGUGGAAAGACUAAGGAUGAAAACAUUUCCUUCCCUUGCUCAAAUGUAAAAACGCUGGUGGGAAACACAAGGCCAAAUCAAUCAUUUAAAAAAUAACUUGAUUAAAAUGACCUCUUUUUCUCUCAUAUCUGGAAAAUUUAAGUAGGACCUUUUCUUAGUUGCAUAUUUUUAAAAGCAAAUUAUUUAAUUUUAGCCUUAAUCAUUAUAAAAAUGUUUGUCCUUCCUGAAUGUGUAAAAUAUGAAUUUUGAACGAGAUUUUAACUCAGAAAGUAUUCCAGAUCUGUUUUAUUCAUUUAGCCUUAAUUUUUUGUUUUCAUGGUAAUAGUAUAGAAAGUCUUAAAUACAAAAAAAAUUAUUCUUAGCUACUACUGGCAUUUCUCAUUUUAUAAAAUUA